AGUUGUGUUUGGUGAACUUCAGGUGUCCAUUCCAGAGACUGAAGUGGUGGCCCCCUUCCACUCAGAUGUGCUCAUCUCCUGCUUCUUCACUUUGACGGACAGUGAACAUGGGCUGAACUCCACCAUUAUAACCUGGAGACACAAUGGACGUGAGCUGAUUCGGUACAUGGAUAAGAAAAAGAUACCACCCAGUAGAGUGAUGAUGUUGGAAAGUGAACUUCAGAAAGGGAAUGCCUCAUUGACCAUCAGGAAUGUGACCAAUGAAGAUAAUGGACACUACGAGUGUGAAGUUUAUGAGGACAAACUUAGGGACAAAGACAUCGUUCAACUUAAUGUGAUAGCUACUCCUAAAGUCUUCUUGAACACCCUACUAGUUCUGAUGAAUCAGCUAAAUGUACUGAGCUGCCGAGUCGUGGGCUUCUACCCAAAUGAUAUCUCGGUAGAGUGGAGGAAAAACUUGACGUCUCUUCCUUCUCAGGAGCCUCUGCAGCUGCACAGCAAUCAAGAUGGCACCUUCAAUGCACUCAGUCAUUAUAAUUACACACCCACAAGUGAAGAUGCUGGCACAGAAAUAUACUGCCUGGUAAAGCACAGGUCUCUGGAGAAGGGACAGAAGGAGGCCAGACUCCAUAUCUGUGAGCCAAGCUUAAAAGUGUUACCAGAAAGUAAAGAGCAAAAAGUCCUGUGCAAGCUCAAUGGCUGCUUCUUCCAAAAGGCAUAUGUGAGAAUAAACAAAAAUGGAGAAUGUGUUAAUAAAUCUGUGUGUGAGAAGAAGAAUGAGUGUUUGAGUGAAGCAACAAUGAUGGCAACCUCUGGGGAAGAAAUGAAAAUCACCUGUGAAGCUGAAGUGAUGGGACUUGACAAGCCGCCGAUUGAAAACUGCACACUACCCGCUGAAGAUAGAUCCAGGAUUCGUAUAGCUGCUGCUGCUGGCCUCUUUAGUAUACCUGUUAUUGCACUGCUGGUAGCUUAUAUAAGACAGAAGCGAUCCUGAUGGUCACGAUGAGAAGCAUCUUCACUGGAUGUCAUGGAACAAAGUGCUGCUUGAUGAUUGAAAAUCUUAUUUAUGUUUACAUGUAAUGUAUGUCGUUAAAGGAAAGUCAGUUUGGCCUCUCCUUAAGUAAUGUUACCAGCACAUCACACUACACUGGCCAUCAGAGUUGUGAAGGAUGUCAAUACCCACAUUUGAAGGAAUGCAGUCACCUAAGAAAGAACUGCCUGCACUGCCCUUUCUUUUAUAUCUCUUCUGUGUUACCAGACCAGUCCAGCUUAUUGAUGUAAACCCCCAAGUACUUGCAGGAGUGGACCACCUCCACAUCCACUCCUUAAAUAGUGACUGGAUGUAAGAACUUUGCAGGUGGCAGUCAAUUUUGAUCAAUAUCACUGAGCUGCACAAAAAUCCUCCCAUGCAGAAAGAAAUUGGUGUCCUUAUAGAUUUGGGUGUGCUGAAUCCAUUUCUGAAAUUGGAAUUUCUUUACCACAAACAAUUUCUGUGAGAUAUCAGAUUCAAUAAAAAAACAGAGUUUAAAAAAAAAAAACACAAGUUUUAUUUUAUGGCAUAAGUAUUUUUUUCCAUGCUGCAAGUGAAAGACAGAACCACAAUAAAGAGUUGGGGUACCAGCCUGGUUACCCCUUAUAAGUGAAUGAUUUGAAAAACGCAAUUGAAGAGAUGUCUUCAUAAUUGCAAGUUCAUAAGUGAACUGUCUCAAGAGCUUCUGGCAGGUCCAUCUGGAAGUGGCCUCAGUGAUGUAACAGCUGUCAGUGUGAGGAAGAGAAAAGGCAUUAGGACACAGCGCCAACCCCUGGAGCGGCAGGAAAUUACAACCACUAGAGCCCUUAAGCUAGGGGUGCCCAACUCCGGUCCUGGAGGGCCGCAGUGGCUGCAGGUUUUCAUUGUAACCCUUUUCUUAAUUAGUGAUCUGUUUUUGCUGCUAAUUAACUGGAUGUGAGAGAGCAAUUCUGUUGCCAGAUUUGGGUUCAGCACCCUUAGAUAUAAAGAGAACGCCUCAAAGUUUUGACAAGUUGCACGUUACUGUAUAAAACUGGUCUGCAAAAAAUGCUAUUUUCUGUAUAUAUUGACUAAGCUAUACAUACUAAUAUAUAUAUAUUGUUACAUUGCUGCUUUUUUAUCUAAAUAAAUAAAAUUGUAAAUAUGGUUUGCUUUUUUGCCAAUUGUAAAAAUAAAAAAGUUCAACUUAUU